AUGGUCAUAAGUGGGGUGUCUCUGUCCGCGUUUGAACUUACUCUCUGUGCUUUAAUUUCGAACGUGCUACUCUUCUUGUUGUUACUUCCGUUUCUGUUCCCUCUAUUUAUCGGCCAUCUUUGCUAUACCAUCUGUAAAGCCGAAACACCUUCUUACAUAACUCCCCUGUUACAGUCCUUUCUGUGUCCCCCCCUGUUUUCCUAUCUCUUUCAUCAUUUCCUUUUGUUUUUAGUUUUUAUUUAUAUUUAUAUCGAGAAAAGAAAAAUCUUUUUCACGAUGAAAGAGUGUCCAUCUAUCUAUCUACCCCCGGUCUCUAUAUUUGUCUAUCUAUCUCUCUAUCUCUCUCCCUAUCUAUUUAUCUAUCUCCCUCGAACUAUCUAUCUAUCUAUCUAUCUCUAUCUCUGUCUCUCUCUCUAUCUAUCUCUAUCUCUAGCUCACUAUCUAUCUAUCUAUCUAUCUAUCUAUAUAUAUAUAUAUAUAUAUAUAUAUAUAUAUAUAUAUAUAUAUAUAUCUCUAUCGCUCUCUCUAUCUAUCUCUCUAUCUCUCUCCUAUCUAUUUAUCUAUCUCCCUCUAACUCUCUAUCUAUCUAUCUAUCUAUCUAUCUCUAUCUCUGUCUCUCUCUCUAUCUAUCUCUAUCUCUGGCUCACUAUCUAUCUAUCUAUCUAUCUAUAUAUAUAUAUAUAUAUAUAUAUAUAUAUCAUACUCUCUAUCGAUCUCUCUCUAUCUAUCUCUCUAUCUCACUCUAUCUCUCUCCCUAUCUAUUUAUCUAUCUAUCUCUAUCUAUCACCCUAUAUCUCCCUAUCUCUCUCACUCUCUCUCUAUAUAUAUAUCUAUAUAUCUCUCUCUAUCUAUAUAUAUCUGUCUCUCGCUCUAUCUAUCUAUAUCUAUCUAUCUAUCUAUCUAUCUCUCUCUAUAUAUAUAUAUAUAUCCUCUCUAUCUCACUCUCUCUCAAUCUAUCUAUCUCCCUCUCUCUAUAACUAUCUCUCUAUAUCUAUCUAUCUAUCUAUCUAUCUCUCUACCUCUCUCUCUCUCUAUCUAUCUAUCUAUCUAGCUAUCUAUCUCUAUAUCUAUGUAUCUAUCUACAGGACGACAAUGUAUGAACCUCACGUUUUAUCCAUGCCAGUCUUUUUAUUAUCUAUCUAUCUAUCUAUCUAUCUAUCUAUCUAUCUAUCUAUCUAUCUAUCUAUUGUGUAUGCUUGUCUGUCUAACAAUUUAUCUUUCUUUCUCUAUCUACAUUUAGCGUCUGUCUAUCGGUCUAUCUAUUUAUAUUUAUUUCUACUAUCUAUCUAUCUAUCUAUCUAUCUAUCUAUCUAUCUAUCUAUCUCUCUCUCUCUCUCUCUCUCUCUCUCUAUAUAUAUAUAUAUAUAUAUAUAUGAAGAAACAUUAAAAUCUUUCAUCUUCACUUCUUUCUUUUUUCUUUCUUUCUCUCUUUCUUUCUUUCUUUUUUCUUUAUUUCUUUCUUUCUUCCUUUCUGCUUUCUUUCUUUCUCUCUGUCUUUUUCUUUCCUUUUUCUUUCUUUCAUUCUUACUUUCUUUCUUUUCUUUCUUUCUAUUUUCUUUCUUUAUUUCUUUCUUUCUUUCUUCCUUUCUUUCUUUUUUCUUUCAUCCUUUCUUUCUUUCUUUUUCUUUCUUUCUUUUUUUCUUUCUUUCAUUCUUACUUUCAUAA